AUGCAGUGCAACCAAUCUUUCUGCGGAAACGGUUUCACCAAUGGAUUUUAUAGUUCAUGUAAUAAUAAUACACCUCUACAAUCCACAUAUCCAGAAAUAGUUGGAGAAGGCGAAGUUACCUCAAUUACACUACCUGAUGGGACGAUACAGUUCUUUUUCAUGCCGACAGUAAAGUGGUGGACGCCUAAUGUGCCUCAAUGUUACCCCCCGUACUCCAAUGUACGUGGUCCGACGAUGUUCAAUCCUAACUAUAGCACCUCACCCUACAGUAUUAAUGCUGGAACAUGGUUUAUUAGAAGUAUAUCAAAUCCAGUGCCUCUGGCUCAGCCUCAGAAUCCAUUUCUCCCGACAUGUCAGCGAAACGAUGUUCCAAGACUGCGGUUUGCUUCCGAUUGCCAUAUGAACACUGGUAAUAAUGGAUUUCAAGUCAAGUUUCACAACGACGGUUGCAGUUCGACUACCGACUUACAUUACUUUUACCCCAACUUACGUAAAGAACCACCAUGCAAAGGAACAGCCAAUGUUCAGAUGGACACAGUACCAGUAACCAGCACAGUGUGCCACUAUGAAGUUAUCUGCGGCAAGCCCUGCAACUGCAACACGGCUGCUAAACCAACGUGCCCAGAGAAAGUAGAUGGCGUAACGCAACCUAUGAGCUUAGAAUCCGUAUGCGAUUGUAGAAACACUAAAAGUAAUAACACUAUCACGACUGACGAUUGUUCCUGUGAAGACCUCAGUAAAAACCGUAAUAAGCGCACAAAAGAAAAGAAAUCGAAAAGAAAAAAGAAAAAGAAAGAGGAUGUUGUUUGUGGUUGUGAUGCCGCUGCCGGAGUACGCGCUGUCGAUAAGUCGAUGGCAACAUAUGACGAAAAAUGUUGCUCCACUAGCGCGAACUCGGACGAAACAAAUUCAGUACCAAGUAAAGAAAAAAGUAAAUGCUUGGCCAAACUCACACAACUAACUUCGUCCAGCAAGUCGUGCAGCAAGGCAUGCAGGCCUAUACAGUUCCUGAAUUCAGACGCGAUACUGAAACGAUGUGAAGUAAAGACAGCAGAUAUAUGGCGUCCUAUUACAACUUUCAGCAAGAGAGCAAUGAAAGACAGUCCUUCAGUGGACUUCGAGAGUGAGAUAGAAUUAAAUGCGGAAUGUAACAGCAACUGCGGCACUUGCAGCGGGGACAGUACCAGUGAUAAAGAAUAA